AUGGAAACAUACACCACAGAUGAUGCGCUUACAGCCAUGGGAUUUGGAAAAUUGCAAGGACUUGUUCUUGUUUAUGCAGGCAUGGGUUGGGUUGCAGAAGCCAUGGAGGUCAUGCUACUGUCCUUUGUUGGACCAUUGAUUCGGGAGGAAUGGAAAAUCUCUGCCCAAGAUGAGAGUUUACUCUCAAGUGUAGUGUUUUUGGGCAUGUUAAUUGGAGCAUGUGGUUGGGGAUACGUGUCUGACAAAUAUGGGCGAAGGACUGGUUUACUGCUUUCAACUCUGUUUACUACUGGAAUGGGUUUCCUAAGUGCUUUGUCUCCAAACUAUUUAUGUUUGAUGGCUCUUCGCUUUCUCGUUGGCGUAGGAUUGGGUGGCAGCCAUGUGUAUUCAUCUUGGUUUUUGGAGUUUGUUCCUGCGCAAAAUCGUGGCUUUUGGAUGAUUAUUUUUUCCUUUUUUUGGACUAUUGGCACAGUCUUGGAAGCUUCACUUGCAUGGAUUGUCGUAUCAACAUUGACUUGGAGGUGGUUGCUAGCAUUGACUGCCAUCCCUUGCUUUCUCUUGCUCCCUUUCUUUGGAAUUACACCUGAAUCGCCACGCUAUCUGUGUGCGCAAAAUAGAAUAUCUGAUGCAACACUUGUCCUGGAGAGAAUCGCCGAGACAAACCAAGCAACUCUUCCUCCUGGAGUUCUCGUAUACCCUCGAGACGGUGAAGUUGAUCAUAGUACUCUUACCUCUGAGGCAGAUCAUCUUCUUCCACUCAGAGAGAAGGACUGCACAGAUGAUGAUGUCAUAAGCCCCAAAUCUGGUAGUGCUGCUGCAUUGCGCAGUCUACUGUCACGGAAAUUGCGUAGAUCAACUCUUCUACUUUGGUUUGUUUUCUACGCAAAUUCCUUUGCUUAUUAUGGACUAGUCUUGCUGACCGCGCAACUGAGCAAUGCAAAUAGAAGCUGCGCAUCUGGGCUGAAAUAUGUGAAGAGUGAAACAGAUGCCAGCCUUUACAAAGAUACAUUUGUCACUAGUCUUGCAGAGAUUCCGGGUCUAAUUGCAUCUGCUCUUCUUGUUGAAUGGUUUGGCCGAAAAGCUACAAUGUGGUGCUUGCUCUUCACAUGCUGUGGUUUCCUUGGCCCACUUGUGUUUUAUCAGAGUGAGCUAUGGACAACUGGCCUUCUAUUUGGUGCUCGUGCUUGUGCCAUGGGUAGCUACACAGUUGUAUACCCGACGUCGGUGCGCUCGACCGGGGUUGGAAUCGCGACUGCCAUGGGCAGAGUUGGUGGAAUUAUUUGCCCCCUUGUAGCCGUUGGAAUGCUGAGAAGCUGCCAUCAGAUGGAAGCCAUCAUUGUGUUUGAGGUGGUGUUAUUCCUUGCUGCAAUUGCCUGCAUGCUCUUCCCUUUUGAGACCAAGGGCCGCGCAAUGAACUGA